UGAAAGAGUCAUUAACAGUUGGAAGUUGAUGGCAGUUUCAAUAACAAGUGAACACUGAGAAAAGGAUAACGCUAUAAUAUGCAGAAAUCUAUGAAUUCUGAUACCUCUGUGGAAACUCUGAAUUCCACCCGUCAAGGCACCGGAGCUGUACAAAUGAGAAUCAAAAAUGCCAACAGCCACCACGACAGGCUGAGCCAAAGUAAAUCCAUGGUCCUCACCGAUGCUGGGAAGGUCAUUGAACCUAUAUCCCGACACAGAAGGAAUCAUUCACAGCAUGCCUUGAAAGAUGUCAUUCCUCCAUUGGAACAACUGAUGGUUGAAAAAGAAGGUUAUCUGCAGAAAGCUAAAAUUGCGGAUGGUGGAAAGAAACUAAGGAAAAACUGGUCUACUUCCUGGAUUGUUCUUUCUAGCCGGAAACUUGAAUUUUACAAAGAAUCUAAGCAGCAGGCUCUGUCUAACAUGAAAACUGGGCACAAACCAGAAAGUGUGGAUUUGUGUGGAGCACACAUUGAAUGGGCCAAGGAAAAGUCAAGCAGAAAGAAUGUCUUUCAGAUCACAACAGUAUCAGGAAAUGAGUUCCUUCUGCAGUCAGAUAUUGACUUCAUCAUAUUGGAUUGGUUCCACGCUAUCAAAAAUGCAAUUGACAGAUUGCCAAAGGAUCCAAGUGGUUCAUCAAGAAACCUGGAAUUAUUCAAAAUCCAGAGAUCUUCCAGUACUGAAUUACUAAGUCACUACGAUAAUGAUAUAAAAGAACAGAAACCAGAGCACAGAAAAUCUUUAAUGUUCAGACUGCAUCAUAGUGCUUCCGAUACAAGCGACAAAAACCGAGUUAAAAGCAGAUUAAAGAAGUUUAUCACCCGAAGACCUUCGCUGAAAACGCUGCAAGAAAAGGGACUUAUUAAAGAUCAAAUUUUUGGCUCUCAUCUGCACACAGUGUGUGAACGUGAAAAUUCCACAGUUCCACGGUUUGUAAAGCAAUGCAUUGAAGCUGUCGAAAAAAGAGGUCUAGAUGUUGAUGGAAUAUACCGAGUUAGUGGCAAUCUGGCAACAAUACAGAAGUUAAGAUUUAUUGUCAACCAAGAAGAGAAGCUGAAUUUGGACGACAGCCAGUGGGAGGACAUCCACGUUGUCACCGGAGCACUGAAGAUGUUUUUCCGGGAGCUGCCUGAGCCGCUCUUCCCUUACAGCUUCUUUGAGCGGUUUGUGGAAGCGAUCAAAAAGCAAGACUACAACACAAGAAUUGAAACUAUAAAGACUCUUGUGCAAAAACUCCCUCCACCAAAUCGUGACACCAUGAAAAUCCUGUUUGGACAUCUAACUAAGAUUGUGGCCAAAGCCUCCAAGAACCUCAUGUCCACUCAAAGUCUAGGAAUUGUAUUUGGACCCACCCUUCUGAGAGCUGAAGAUGAAACGGGGAACAUGGCAAUACAUAUGGUAUACCAAAACCAGAUAGCUGAGCUCAUGCUAACUGAGUACAAUAAGAUCUUCGGCUCAGAGGAAGACUGACAGACAAGACAAGUGACUGAAUAUGUUCACAUCUGUCUUGAUGCCUAAUAUUUUUACAUUUCUGUAAACAUAUUUCUGAAAUAUUUUUUUUCCUUUCAAGCGACAGAUGCCUCAUUUUGUGAAAACUUAAUGAUAAUUUUGUGUUUAAGUUCCAAACAUUUGAAUAAAAUAGUUGACAAUA